AUUGUUUACACUUUUCAAAACAUUGUCAAGAGAAAUUAUUAUUUUGUAAGUUUCAUAUUAAUCAACUAAUUUAAAUACUUUUAACAUACAGAUUAAUCAAUUAUCAAUGCUCGGAUAGGAUUCAGAGACUCACUCAGAAAACAAUGAAAACAGUGAACAAAACUGGUUUAUUAGAAUGAGCAAAUUCAGUGGGAAGAAACAAACAUAUGGGUUUCAGGUCGUAAUGUUGGUGUCUUUUUGCAUUAAAACACUUACAUUUGUGUUACCGAUGCCUUUAAUUUAGCUGUUAUGUUUACUUGAUGGACAAUAUUAGUGAAUUUUUUAUUAACCAGUAUUAUACCUCGUGCCUUAAUCAACUAAGAGGAUAAAUUGUUAACAAUAAGUUACUCGCUUAAUUCCUGUACAAGUCUAAUUUCAUUUCUUUAUUAUGAAAUAAUUGCCCAGUUCAUUACAUCAGCUCAACUUGAACUUAAAAACCUGAAUCAAUGUAAAGUCUGCAAUCAAGAGGUAAUCGUACAACAAUCAUCACUUGACAUCAACAUCAACGAGGACAAUAUCAAAACAGUUGGAAACUUUUGCAAAUUAUUUUGAAAUCCACAAUACUUUUACCAAUUAACAAAAUACUGUAAAAUGGAUCUUCGUUUGGACCAAGCUCUUGUUACAGCUCAAAAUCUGGAUUCUUCCCUGGCUGUUUCAAUUUGGAGUCAAGUUGAAGAAUGUGAAAAUUGUGCCCUUAUCUAUCAAACAACAAUUAACCCAAGUUCGUCUAAAAGCAUAAUUGUUGACACCAAAUAUAAAGUUACUCUAGAAGUUCGAGAUGUUAACGGCUCACCCAAUUCAACAACUUUUUGUAAAAUUCCCUUCCGUUGGUUCACUGAUCAUGCUGUUUAUCAACUUAACUUUACUUCGGAUGGUGUUGAGUCUGAUUGUAAAAUUUCCACUCUUAAAUCAGGACGUAACAAUUUAAUUCCAAUAUAUUUAGCAAUUGCAUUUUAUGUACUUUUAUCUGUUGGUUGGUUCAUUUAUCGACGUAAAUUUUCAACCCGUAGAGUUGACACAACAGAGCAAACUUCACGACAACGUCUCAAGUCACUCGAUGCCUUCAGAGGUCUGACAAUGAUUAUGAUGAUUUUUGUCAACUAUGGUUCAGCUGGAUAUGCCUUUUUAGACCACGCUCCUUGGUUCGGACUGACGAUUGCCGAUGUUAUAUUUCCCUGGUUCAUAUUCAUUAUGGGUGUAAGCCUUACUCUUAGUAUUGAAUCUCAAGUAAAAAGAGGCAAUCAAACAGUGGCUGAAAUUUUGACCAAAAUAUCGAUUCGAGCAAUAAAAUUAUUUCUAUUAGGACUUUGCAUAAACUCAAAAAACACCUUUUUAACAUCACUCCGUAUUCCAGGAGUAUUACAACGGUUUGGUGUUAGUUAUCUAAUUGUGGCUAUUAGUAGAUUACUCUCUGCUAAGCUGCAUGCGAGAGUAACAAUGUCAAUCGACGAUGAACCACCCGUAGCUCUCAGUAAACUCAAAAGUUUGGCCAUUUUUCUUCCAGAAUUAGCAGUUUACUUUAUCUGUUUAUGUCUCUACUUUGGAUUCACAUUUUUAUGGGAAUACGACCCUUUUUGUCCCAAAGGCUACCAAGGUCCAGGAGGUUUACACAAUCUCGGAAAAACAUGGAACUGCACUGGAGGCGCUGCAAAUAGACUCGACAAGAUUAUUUUGGGAGAAAAUCAUCUUUACCGAACAGCAACAUCAAAAGAAAUUUAUCACAACGACUUGCGCCACGAUCCUGAAGGAUUACUGGGUUUCACUACUUCAAUUGUUUUAACGGCUAUUGGAUCAUUUGCAGGCCGAGUUAUUUUGAUAACUGAAAGCUCAAGGAGACGAAUGGCUAUUUGGUCUCUAUCUGGUUUCAUACUUGCUUGUAUAACAUUGAUAUGUGUUCAAACGGGUUGGAUUCCAAUUAUUAAAAAUCUUUGGUCGUUCUCUUUCAUUACCUGUACUGGUUCAAUGGCUUUGAUUGUUUUAACUGUUUUCUAUUGGCUUAUCGAUGUCAUCAAAAUUUGGGAAAACGGUAAACCAUUCGUUUACCCAGGUAUGAAUCCUAUCCUACUUUACAUUGGAUCUUACAUUUUACAAAGUUAUUUACCAUUUUAUUUUGGAGUCGAUGAAACAAGUCAUGGCCAGAUGCUUUUGCGUCUUUUAGUUGCAGUUAACAUUUGGUUCAUUAUAAGCUACAUUCUUGUUCGUCGACGCAUUUUUGUAUCACUCUGAGUAAAUUGGAAACCCAACAUUGUAAAAAAACAACAUAAUCUCGUUUUAUGAUACAAAUUAAUAUCCGACUUUUUUGUAUGCUUAUUGAUUGUUAAUGAAGAAAUUAUUCUUUCAAAACAAAUAUGCAAAAAGCAUAACAAAUCUGAAAGAAAGCUUUAAACGAGAAACCUGAUAUCUUAAUAUUAUGAAAUUUAUUGGUUAAGAUAUCUUAACCAACAAAGAUGUAAUUAUGGACAUGAAAGCGAGGGAUCAAAUUCUAAAAAAGCUGUGUAAUAACUUCAAUAUUUUUGACUUUUUAGCAUUUUCAAUAUCGCAAAAUCGAAUCAAUCAAGAUUUUCUUGUGCGUGUACUUGAUAACAUUCCUAAUGCUAGCUCCAAAUUCACAUUUUACGAGAUUAAUCUAAAAGCUAAUAUAGUUGAUCUGGAUUAACUCAAAACCAUUUCCAUGGAUAAUAAUCAAGCUACAAGAGAAUUGACCGAAAUGACAAGUUAACAUGAUUCAUCUUUACCAAAAA